AUGGAUUUGCUUUUGCCGUUGACAAUACUUGUGCUGAUGUUAGACACACCUUGUGGUGCUUUUGGGAAGAUGGGAAGUAAUGUGAAAACAGCCGUUUUUUUGUCCCCCAAGUUUGAACUUGAACCGGGAUCUGUUGCCAAUAAAUUUGAUUAUGGUGUUGAUUUUCCUAGAGGUCAUAUAGCACUUAAGAGUUUCAAUGCUGAAGUAGUUGAUGAAUUAGGGAACCCAGUGCCUCUCCAUGAAACUUAUCUACAUCACUGGGUUGUUGCAAGAUAUUAUCAAGCUAAAAACGUGACAACACACGCUGGGUAUGAUGGCCAUAGGGUGCUUCAUCAAUCGGACUAUAUAAUGCUGAGGAACAGUGGAAUAUGCCAGAGAAAUGCGCUGGGACAAUACUUUGGUCUUGGGUCUGAAACACGUGGAACAGCUACGGAUGUUCCUGAUCCUUUUGGGAUAGUUGUAGGUGAUCCUGCAGAAAUUCCAGAUGGGUAUGAGGAGCAAUGGUUGCUCAAUAUCCAUGCUAUUGAUACACGUGGUGUAGUGGAUAAAAUGGGGUGCACUGAGUGUAGGUGUGACCUUUACAAUGUUACAAAGGAUGAAAAUGGGGAGCCUAUACGGUCAGAUUAUAAAGGAGGUUUGUUAUGCUGCUAUGAUGAAACCCAGUGCAAGGUUAGGGAAGGUUUUGAGGGCCUAAAGAGGAGUCUCUACCUAAGAUACACAGUAAAGUGGGUUGAUUGGGACGAGUUUAUAGUCCCUGUUAAGAUUUAUAUACUUGAUGUGACUGAUACUGUUAAAAUACCAGAUGACUCAUCAGGAGUCCUUGAGCAUGAUUGCCGAACCGAGUACGAGGUUGAAUCCUUCAGCUCUGAUAAGAAGGAUGGUAACGACUACCUUCAUGUGAAGAGAACAAGUGUCCCAAUGCAAAAGGGUGGUUAUGUAAUCUAUGGUGUUGCUCAUCAGCAUUCAGGUGGUACUGGAUCAACUCUAUAUGGAAAGGAUGGAAGGGUAAUAUGUUCUUCAAUACCCAAAUAUGGAAAGGGAAAAGAUGCAGGAAAUGAGGAGAACUACAUUGUAGGAAUGUCCACAUGUUAUCCUAGACCAGGUUCUGUAAAGAUAAUCGAUGGUGAAACUCUAACUCUAGAGUCUAACUACAGCAACAGUCGUGGCCACACUGGAGUAAUGGGGCUUUUCUACCUGUUGGUGGCAGAACAACUUCCACACCAACACUUCAGACAUGCUUCUCGUUCUUCAUUCUUCACGAAUAUUAAUAGUUUAUUUGAGUAG